UUCUACCGAGUCAACUCGGAGGAGCGUCCCCAUUUUUCCCCCCGUCCUCCCUCGUUUCCGGUUACGAAAAGGGUCGCUUUCAGAUUCAAUGGGAACGAGUGGAAACAGAGGACGCCCCGGGCAACAAAGAAAAAUGCGUGGGCUGGUGUCCUAUGACCCGCAACCUUUUCUUGCGAAAAUUGAUGAAAAGGUCUUUCACUUCUUGGCUUCGCUUUAUUCAUAUUUUAUUUUCUUGCCGCUGCUCGGCGUUUCCGUUCUUGAUCCCACCACACCCACCAAGAACCGAGGAAGGACCCAGCUGCGGCUGUGAAUUCAGAGAGGGAGAGAGGGGCGCCGGCGCUUCGGGGAGGCGAUUUGCUCAACUGGGUCGGGCUCCGCGGGGGCGUUCGGUUUGCGGCAGCUGGCAAGAGACGGAAGUGAGCGCAAGGAGCAGCGGCAGUUUGUUGCUUUUGAGUUCUACGUGGAGUCGCUCGGUGCGAAUGAGAUUCUAAAGCUAUUGGGAUAUGCUGUAGGGACCACUGUUGAGGAAGUGUUGCAGAACCUUGUUUCUGAAGGUGCAAUCGUAGAGUCUGGAUAUCAGCAUCUUUUGGUCCAAGUUAAGAAAUGAGUUGUAAUUGCCUUGGCUUUAGUUCAAAGAGGAAAAGUCCUCCUUCUUCUUCCAUACAAGGCAUUGAAGUUGACUUGCUGAGAAAUAUAACUCAUUUCACCAGUAAGGAGUUGAGAUUAGCUACAGAUAAUUUCCAUUCAAGCAAUAAGAUUGGAAGAGGAGGUUUUGGAACAGUAUAUAAGGGAACUCUAAGAAAUGGAGUGCAAGUGGCUGUAAAGACACUUUCUGCAACCUCAAAGCAGGGACUGAGAGAAUUCGUAUCUGAGAUCAAUACUAUAGCAACUGUCAGGCAUCAGAACCUUGUUCAAUUAAUUGGCUGCUGUGUUGAAGGCACAGACAGGAUUUUGGUCUACGAAUAUUUAGAAAACAGCAGCCUGGAUCGUGCAUUAUUAGGCUUUGGCACCAAAGAUGCAAAAGUAAAACUCGAUUGGCAGAAAAGAUCUGCUAUUUGCCUAGGUACUGCAAGGGGCCUAGCUUUUCUGCAUGAAGAAUCCGAGCAGCGUAUUGUUCAUAGGGACAUCAAAGCUAGUAACAUACUUCUUGAUAAGGAUUAUAACCCAAAAAUUGGAGACUUUGGGUUGGCCAAACUUUUCCCAGAUGACAUCACUCACAUUAGCACAAGAAUAGCAGGAACUACUGGUUACUUAGCUCCGGAAUAUGCAUUUGGUGGCCAGCUGACUCUGAAAGCUGAUGUAUAUAGUUUCGGGAUCGUUGUACUAGAAAUAAUAAGUGGGAGAACCAGUGCAAAGGCAGAUUGGAGAGGCUCAGAGAAGUUUCUCCUGGAACAGGCAUGGGAACUCUAUGAAAAGGGAGCACUCUUGGAACUGGUGGACCCAGAUUUGGAUGAGUUUCCUGAAGAAGAAGUCCUCAGGUACAUAAAGGUAGCCUUGUUCUGCGCCCAAGCAGCGGCAAGUCGACGUCCAUUAAUGAGCCAGGUGGUCGAUAUGCUGUCAAAAAACAUACGGCUAAACGAGAAGGAACUAACGGCGCCUGGUUUCUACCAAGAUUCGGGAGGCUUAAGUGGGAUGCCUUCAUCCAGUAAAAAGUCAUCCACAGAAUCGAGCUAUCAGAUGAGUUCAGUUCCUGUCACAAUCACUCACGUCACCCCUAGAUGAAGCGGAUUAUGAUUUUUUACUCAUUGGUCUUCAAGGGUGGUGGGUGAGAUAAUCAUUCAAUUUGAAGGAACUUUUGAAUUAUGUCAGUUUCCUUCACGAGUCUCUCUGGUUCUCUCUCCCCCCAUCUCCUUCUCUCCUGUCUCCUUCUGUGGCCAGUGCUCAUAUUCUUUUGUAGAGGCAUUGAUUUUGUAUAUCUGAGCGAGAAUCACAAGGUUCUGCUGAAGCAGAGGUUGAGAUGUUUAUAUACAUAGAAGACGUUGGUUGCGGUGAUUCAAUACAUCAGUUCUCUCAGAGUUCUCUGGGAUUUGUUUUGUA